UCUCUUCAGAAAGAGGUCUUCAGUAUUCUGAUGUACGAUUCGGAUGGGGCCGGAAAAGAGGGCUACAACGAACUCAUCAUCAUGGAGGAUGAAACUGAAUCUCCAUCUCUUUAUCGUGACCAGACACCGGGAAAAAACAAGGCGUAUAAGCGAGAACACGCCGUGAAGGACGAGGCACCGCGAGAUCCCGCGAGAAAAGCCGAGAUCGUCUACGUCCCGAUGCCGCCCAGGUGCAAGACCACCGAAUGCAUGCCGAUCAGGAAGACCAAGGACUUCGGCGACUUCUGGGAGAUAACAGUAACAGAUUACAAGGGCGUGUGCCAUUUUGAAAUUGGCUGUGGAGUCCAUCACUCGGGAAGGAAGGUCUUCCGCCCCCUGCUUAAAUACUUCGCCGGAGACAACGUUGGAGGAAUCCCUCUGGGCAGUCUUACGGCGCCUCUGUUCUUCAAUUACCAAGGCGUGGUGCUGAUGGGGUCCGCUGAAGAAGGGAGCUGUAGUCUACCGUAUGAAAUCUGCCUGCCGCUGCCAAAGGCUUUCCGAGGCAGGGAUGACCAGAUUGCAGCACUUAAUAACCACACAAACCUGUACACUCGAGAUGAGGUGAAGGCGUACAUCACGAGAGUACACGAGUACCCACUUCUCGCGAGAACAAUCCGAGAGCACGGGAUACGUCUCAUGGAUCGCCUGGACCAGGAAGGAGUGAGAUACGACAAGGAGGCGCUGUUAGCCUUCACGUAUGACGACAACUUCACACCGCCGAGCCAGAGAGUCAGCUAUGUCGGCUUCGGCAACCCCAUCAGCGGGAAUGGCCACACUUAAAACGCCUCCGCCCCUGGGGCGUCGCCAAAAAGUCAAGCACUGACACAAGAGUUUUAAGCCAGCUAGACGAAUACCGUAUGUUGUGUCAGUAAGAGGGCCAACUUCGAUGUCAAGGCCAUGGAGACCUCCAGAUUCGCAGAACGAUUGUAUAUAUAUAAACAUCUACGAACUUCCAACGUUGAAAGAAUUACUAGAUUAAACAAAG